AUGUCGUAUCUUCAGCAGCAGCUCAAGAGCUUCAACGCUAGCGUUGUGGAGUCGGCGAACCGCCUGCCCCAGCAGCGACGGAUGGUGACCAACAACCCUCCAGCUUCUGGCAGCAGUUCACAGAUACCGUCUUCUGCGCCGACACCCUCCUCGACCGGCGAUCCGAAGAAGAAGCGACACGAUGCCGACAUUGUCUACUCGCAGCCGGCCAAUACGGGCACAGGCAAAGAUAUCAUGACUCAGGUGCUUUUUGCGAUCGAACACAUGAAAACCAAGGGCGUGCCUCUCAGGUUUGCGGAUAUCAUCUCCUACCUGUCACUCCAGCACCGUGCACAUGAACCAGCCUACGUUCAGGCGCUCCGCAGCAUCCUCCAGAGGCACGAGAAGGUGGACUAUGAUCCGGCCGGUGCUGGUGGCGAAGGCACCUUCAGAUUCCGACCCCCUCACAAUGUCCGCAACUCUGAGCAGCUUCUACAAAAGCUACAGUCGCAAACUACUGCCACCGGAAUGAGUGUUCGUGAACUCCGAGAGGGCUGGCCGAAUGUCGAAGAAGCUAUCAACCAGUUGGAGAAGGAAGGCAAACUGCUCGUGACUCGGAACAAGAAGGACGAUCACGCCAAGAUGGUCUGGGCGAAUGACCCAUCGCUGAUCGAGCACUUCGACGCUGAGUUCAAGCAAAUCUGGGACAAGAUCAAGAUCCCGGAUCCGCAGGCUGUCAAGGAGGCGCUGGAUAAGGCGGGCAUUAUUCCCACGAACAAGAACAAGGUCAUCAAGCCGCGGGUGAAGGUGGAGCAGAAAAAGACCAAGAAGCCCCGACGCAGUGGCAAAACGACCAACACCCACAUGCAGGGUAUUCUGAGGGACUACUCUCACCUUAAGCGGUGA